AUGUCACAAUAUUUUUUUUAUACAUGCCAAAGUGAUGGAAAAGAACGAAUAUCUUUUACAUAUCCCCCCAACCUUUCAACUUUUUUUGAAAUGAUACAAAAAAAGAUCCCUUCAUUUACAACAGAAAAAAAAACCUCGGAUCAAGUUUAUACUUGUUGGAGUUUGGUCAAUGAAGAAAAAAAGGAAAAUUUAAAAAACGAAUUUUUAAAUAGAAUUGAAGCUUUAGAUAAAAAAGGGUCUAUUGAAAAUAUACUGGAAAAAACAACUCGAUUUUGUCAUAACGAAACUCAAAAAGAAUAUUUACCUAAAAUUUAUGAUCCAUUUUUACAUGGGAUUUCGCGCGGAAGAAUCAAAAAAUUAUCUCCGUUCCAAAUCAUAACCAAAACCUAUAAAAAAAAGAAUAUAAGAGGAUCUUGGAUAAACAAAAUUCAUGCUAUACUUCUGAAGAUUAAUUCUCAAAAAUUUGAGCAAACAAUAGAAAAAUUUAAAAGAAAGUCUUUAUCAAUAGAGAAAAAACUUUAUUUUUUUUCCGAACCCCAAGAAGAAAAAAUUCAGUCAGAAGAAGAAAUAAAAAUUUUCAAAAUUUUAUUUGAUGUCGUUAUAAUUUAUAAUAAUGAUCAAACUCUUAUAAAAAAUUUUAUUGAUUUCCAUGAAAUCAAUAAACAAGUUCCUCAAUGGUCAUACAAAUUAACAAGUGAAUUGGAAGAAUUGGAAGCUGAAACUGAAGAAAAUAUACCAACCGAACCUGGAAUUCGUUCAAGAAAAGCAAAACGUGUAGUGGUUUUUACUGAUUUAAAAGAACCGCAUAACGAGAUUUAUACUAAUCUCAAAGAUAAUCAAAAUUCUGAUCAAACAGAUGAAAUGGCUUUGAUCCGUUAUUCACAACAAUCUGAUUUUCGUCGAGAGAUAAUUAAAGGAUCCAUGCGUUCCCAAAGGCGUAAAACUGUUAUUUGGGAAUUUUUGCAAGCAAAAGCACAUUCGCCCCUUUUUUUUGAUAGAAUAGAUAAAUUUUUUUUUUUUUCGUUUGAUAUAUGGGGGCUAAAAAAAAAAAUUCUUAGAAAUUUCAUGUGGAAAAAAAAAAUUUUUUUUGAUAAAAACGAAGAAGAACAAUCAAAAAAAGAAGAACAAAGACGUAUAGAAAUUGCGGAAACUUGGGAUAGCUUCUUAUUUGCUCAAAUAAUAAGAGGUUUUAUUUUAGUAACUCAAUCUAUUCUUAGAAAAUAUAUUAUAUUACCUUUAUUGAUAAUAAUUAAAAAUAGCAUCCGUAUCGUAUUAUUUCAACUUCCCGAGUGGGAAGAGGAUUUAAAGGAGUGGAAACGUGAAAUGCAUGUUAAAUGUACUUAUAAUGGGGUUCAACUAUCCGAAACAGAAUUUCCACGAAACUGGUUAACGGAUGGUAUUCAGAUAAAAAUCCUAUUUCCGUUUUAUCUUAAACCUUGGCAUAAAUAUAAAUUUCAAUCAUCUCAGAAGGCUCGACUAAAAAAAACAAAAGGAGAAAAAAAUGAUUUUCGUUUUUUAACAGUUUGGGGGCUGGAAACUGACCUACCUUUUGGUUCUACCAAACCAAAGCCUUCUUUUUUUAAACCUAUUUUUAAAGAAUUAAAAAAAAGAAUCAAAAAAUCCAAAACGAAGUCUUUUCCGGUUUUAAGGAUUUUCAAAGAAAGAGCAACAAUUUUCCUAAAAGUCGAAAAAGAAAUUAAAAACUGGAUUAUAAAAAACUUGCUUUUUCUAAAAGAAAAAAAAAAAAACCUUUCAAAACGAAAUAGAAUUCCAUUAGUUGGCCCGAGAGAAAUAUAUGAAUUAAAUGAAACUAAAAAAGAUUCAAUAAUGAGUAAUCAGAUGAUUCAUGAACUAUCUGUUCAAAAAAAAUCGACGGAGUGGCCAAAUUCUUCACUCAGCGAAAACAAAAUAAAAAAUGUGAUUGAUAAAAUAAAGACAAUCAGAAAUCAAACGAAAAAAAUUUCAAAAGAAAAAGAAAAACUAACUAAUAGUUGUAACAAACUGUGUUAUGAUUCUAAAAUAAUUGAGUCAUCAAAAAAAAGUUGGCAGACAUUAAAAAAAAAAAAAACUCGAUUAAUUCGUAAAUCUUUUUUUUUUUUUCAAUUUUGCGUUGAACAACUGUCUAUUUCUAUUUUUCUAGGUAUUAUUAAUAUUCCAAGAAUUACUACACAACUUUUUGUUGAUUCAACAAAAAAAAUUCUUGAUGUAUAUAUUUACAAGAAUGAGGAAAAUGGAGAAAAAAAAAAAAAAAAAAAUACCAUUUAUUUUAUUUCGACUAUAAAAAAUUUCAUAUCAAAAAAAAAUUUUUUUAGUUAUGACUUAUGCUCUUUAUCACAAGCAUAUGUAUUUUACAAAUUAUCACAAAUUCAAGUUAGUAACUUUUCUAAAUUAAAGUCUUUUUUUGAAUAUAACAUAUACAUAACAUCCUUUUUUGUUAAGAAUCAAAUAAAAGAUUUUUUUAAAGAACAAGGAAUCUUUCAUUAUGAAUGGAAAGAUAAAACCCUUUUAAAUUCCGAAAUAAAUCAAUGGAAAAACUGGUUACGAAGUCAUUCUCAAUAUAAUUUACCUCAGAUUGCAUGGGCUAGAUUAGUAACCCAAAAAUGGAAAAAAAAACUAAACCAAGACUCUCUAGUUCUAAAUCCAAGUUUAAACAAAGUGGAUUCAUACGAAAAAAAAAUUUUUGAUAAUUACAAAAAACAAAAUUUUUGUGAGGCUAACUUAUUUUUCAAUCCAAAACAUAAACAGAAUUUCAAAAAGGAUUCUAUAUAUAAUCUUUUUUGCUACAAAUCUAUUCAUUCUACAGAAAAAUUUUUUGAUAUGUCUACAGGCCUAGAAAAUUUUUUAAUCUCUUGUUUUCUAGAAAAAUAUAAUAUUCGCAGUAUAGGGGAAAUUUUGCAUAGAAAAUAUUUGGAUUGGAGAAUUCUCAACUUUUGGUUUAGAAAAAAAGUAAAUAUUGAGCUUGAUACUAGGAGUAAAAAAAAAUAUAUUAAAACUAAAGUUAAGAAUUAUAAAAGAAUUUAUAAAAUAACUAAGACGAGUCUUGCCAAUCAAAAAAUAAAUUUUUUUGAUUGGAUGGGAAUGAAUGAAGAAAUACUAAAUCCUCGUAUAACAAAUUUUGACUUUUUUUUCUUUCCAGAAUUUUUCUUAUUUUCUAGUACAUAUAAAAUGAAACCGUGGGUCAUACCAAUUAAAUCACUUCUUUUCAAUUUUAAUGAAACAAAAAAUGUGAAUAAACAGAUCACCCUAAAGAAAAAAGGUUUUAUACCAUCAAACGAAAAAAAAUUCCUUCGGUUUUUUAAUCUAAAUAAAGAAGAAAACGAAUCAGCAGGUCAAGAAGAGUUUGAAUCAGAUAAAGAAACAAAAAUAAAUACGGAAUCAGCUCUAUCAAAGCAAGAAAAAAAUAUUGAAGAAAAUUAUACAGAAUCGAAGAUAAAAAAACGUAAAAAUAAAAAAAAACCAAAAAGCAAUACCGAAGCGGAACUUGACUUAUUUCUCAAAAGGUAUUCGCGUUUUCAAUUGCGAUGGAAUUGUUUUUUUAAUCAAAAAAUCCUCAAUAAUGUAAAAGCAUACUGUCUCUUGGUUAGACUAAAAAAUCCAACCGAGAUAACGAUAUCUUGUAUUGAAAGAGGAGAGAUGAGCUUAGAUAUUCUAAUGAUUGAGAAGAAUUUCACUUUUUCAAAAUUAAUGAAAAAAGGAAUAUUGAUUGUUGAACCUGUUCGUUUGUCUGUAAAAAACGACGGCCAACUUAUUAUAUAUAGAACCAUCGGGAUUUCAUUGGUUCAUAAAAAUAAACAAAAAAUAAGUAAAAGAUCAAAAAAAAAAGCUAUAUUUAUAAAAAAAAAGUUUAAAUUUCUUUGUCCCUGAAACUAUUCUAUCCCCUAAACGACGUAAAGAAUUUCGAAUUCUAAUUUGUUUCAAUUUAAAAAAAAAAAUGCAAGGGAUAGAAAUUCAAAAUUUGAUACAAAUAUUCAAAACUUGACCACAGUUUUGAAUAAAAAGAAAGAUCUUGAUAAGGAUAAAAAAAACCUAAUUAAAUUAAAAUCCUUUCUUUGGCCCAAUUUUCGAUUAGAAGAUUUAGCUUGUAUGAAUCGCUAUUGGUUUAAUACGACUAAUGGAAAUCAUUUCAGUAUGAUAAGAAUACACAUGUAUACGCGAUUUCAAAUGCAUUAAUGGUAGAUCCUUUUUACUAUAUUUUGACUAUAUAUAUAGUAUUAAGUUACGGUAUAUGAACAAUAUAUAAUAUAAGUUACGGUAUAUGAAAACAAUUGGAUGCACAAAUGUGAGGGAUUUUUUUUAAUUCAAUCUUUAUACAUGAGAUUCAUUGAAUUAAUGACAUAGAUACCACUCAGAGCGAAUUCAUAAAUAAAUUUUUAAAAUCCUCCUUUUUUAGAUCGAAAUUUAAACUUUUUUUUUAUAAAAUUAAGAAUUAAUAAGUUGAUAAUUAAAUUCGGAUCCUUGUACAAAAAAACUACCAUUAUUAUUACUGAUCAGUAAAAUUCAUAUCUUUCAAUUCAUAUUAAAAAGGGAAGGAUUUCUUUUUAUGAUAAAAAAUACAUUCAUUUCAUUUCAAGAAAAAAAAGAAGAAAGCAAGGGAUCUGUUGAAUUUCAAGUAGUCAGUUUCACUAAUAAGAUACGAAGACUUACUUCACAUUUGGAAUUGCACAGAAAAGAUUAUUUAUCUCAGAGAGGUCUACGAAAAAUUCUGGGAAAACGUCAACGACUGCUGGCUUAUUUGUCAAAAAAAAAUAGAGUACGUUAUAAAGAAUUAAUUAAUCAGUUGAAUAUUCGGGAAUUAAAAACUCGUUAAAUUCCAAAAUUGUGAAUUAGUUAAUUUUUUAGAUCUUGAAUUUUUGAAUAAACUUCUUUUUCAGCAAUCUAAUUCAUACCAGAACGAAUCAAGGAAAAACUUAUGAAGAGACCAGUUACAGGAAAAGAUCUUAUGAUAGUCAAUAUGGGACCUCACCACCCAUCCAUGCACGGUGUUCUUCGCUUAAUUGUUACUCUAGACGGUGAGGAUGUUGUUGAUUGUGAACCCAUAUUGGGUUAUUUACACAGAGGAAUGGAAAAAAUUGCAGAAAACCGAGCAAUUAUACAAUAUUUACCUUAUGUAACGCGGUGGGAUUAUUUAGCUACUAUGUUUACAGAAGCAAUAACAGUAAACGGACCCGAACAAUUAGGAAAUAUUCAAGUUCCUAAAAGAGCCAGCUAUAUCAGAGUAAUUAUGCUAGAAUUGAGUCGUAUAGCUUCUCAUCUGUUAUGGCUUGGCCCUUUUAUGGCAGAUAUUGGGGCACAGACUCCCUUUUUCUAUAUUUUCAGAGAACGAGAAUUUGUAUAUGAUCUAUUCGAAGCUGCCACCGGUAUGAGAAUGAUGCAUAAUUUUUUUCGUAUUGGAGGAAUAGCGGCGGAUUUACCUUAUGGUUGGAUAGAUAAAUGCUUGGAUUUUUGUGAUUAUUUUUUAACAGAGGUUGUUGAAUAUCAAAAACUUAUUACACGAAAUCCUAUUUUUUUAGAACGAGUUGAAGGCGUUGGGAUUAUUGGUGGGGAAGAAGCAAUAAAUUGGGGUUUAUCCGGACCAAUGUUACGCGCAUCCGGAAUACCAUGGGAUCUUCGUAAAGUUGAUCGUUAUGAGUCUUACGAUGAAUUUGAAUGGGAAAUUCAGUGGCAAAAACAAGGAGAUUCAUUAGCUCGUUAUUUAGUACGACUUAGCGAAAUGACAGAAUCCAUCAAAAUUAUUCAACAGGCUCUGGAAGGACUUCCGGGGGGUCCCUAUGAAAAUUUAGAAAGCAGAGGCUUUGAUAAAAAAAGGAAUCCAGAGUGGAAUGAUUUUGAAUAUCGAUUCAUUAGUAAAAAACCUUCCCCUACUUUUGAAUUAUCGAAACAAGAACUUUACGUAAGAGUUGAAGCUCCAAAAGGGGAAUUGGGAAUUUUUCUCAUAGGAGAUCAAAGUGGUUUUCCUUGGAGAUGGAAAAUCCGACCGCCGGGUUUUAUUAAUUUGCAAAUUCUUCCUGAACUAGUUAAAAGAAUGAAAUUGGCUGAUAUUAUGACGAUACUCGGUAGCAUAGAUAUAAUUAUGGGAGAAGUUGAUCGUUAAAAUGAUAAUUUAUGCAACAGAAGUACAAACAAUAAAUUCUUUUCUUAGAUUGGAAUCUUUAAAAGAGGUCUAUGGACUCAUAUGGAUAUUUGUCCCUAUAUUUUCUCUUGUAUUGGGAAUCAUAACUGGUGUACUAGUAAUUGUGUGGUUAGAAAGAGAAAUAUCUGCAGGGAUACAACAACGUAUUGGACCUGAAUACGCCGGCCCGUUAGGAAUUCUUCAAGCUUUAGCCGACGGGACAAAACUACUUUUCAAAGAAGAUCUUCGUCCAUCUAGAGGAAAUACUCCUUUAUUUAGUAUUGGACCAUCUAUAGCAGUUAUCUCUAUUUUACUAAGUUAUUCAGUAAUUCCUUUUAGCAAUCACCUUGUUUUAGCGGAUCUCAAUAUCGGUAUUUUUUUAUGGAUUGCCAUCUCAAGUGUUGCUCCGAUCGGACUUCUUAUGUCAGGAUAUGGAUCAAAUAAUAAAUAUUCUUUUUUAGGUGGUCUGCGAGCUGCUGCUCAAGCGAUUAGUUAUGAAAUACCAUUAACUCUAUGUGUUUUAUCAAUAUCUCUACGUGCGAUUCGUUGAAACAGAAAGGUUUAUUCCGUUUCUUCUAGAUAAAAAAAAAUGAAAAAAAAAACGGAAUAUAUAUAUUUAUCUUUCGGGUUUAUCUUAAUAAAAGGAAUUUGAAUUUGAUAGUUAUAUAUGAGUGAAAAAAAACUGCUCAGAAAUUAGCAGUAAAAAGAAAAAUUAAGUCUCAUUUCCUAUGUACAAAGGUUAAAUGGAAAUAAACGUAAGCGUAAGAAUCGCUUUACCCCAAGGUUGGUUGAUUAGUCAGCCGGGCUUGAAGCGGGUUAAAAAAAAUAUUAACCGUAUGACGUUUUCACUAUCAGUUAUAUAAAUUACUAUACAUAUACAUAUAUUACAAAGUGAUCGGCAAUUAGGUAAAAACGCGUGGAUGGUUAGAAACACCAAAAUACACAAAGAAUUUGUAAUAGAGAUUAACCAAAUUGAAAAGGAUAUUUAUGCAUAACAUAA